AUGGCGCUUUUGAGACUACGGAGGAUGAGGUGUUUUGUCGUCUGGUCCUUCGCGUUCGUUGUAGCUGCCGUGUGCGCGCAAAGUCCUGGCGGCGUCCACGAUCCAAGUAACAUGACAUUGGUGAAGGAAACAGUGGACAGACUACUGAAAGGUUACGAUAUACGAUUGAGACCCGAUUUCGGAGGUGCCCCCGUUGGUGUAGGCAUGAACAUAGACAUCGCCAGCAUAGACAUGGUAUCUGAAGUCAACAUGGACUACACGCUGACCAUGUACUUCCAGCAGGCGUGGAGGGACAAGCGGCUGUCCUACUCGGAGAUCCCCCUGAACCUGACUCUGGAUAACCGCGUGGCCGACCAGCUCUGGGUCCCAGACACGUACUUCCUCAAUGACAAGAAGUCCUUUGUGCACGGAGUGACGGUGAAGAACAGGAUGAUCCGCCUGCACCCAGACGGAACGGUGCUGUACGGACUCAGAAUCACCACCACUGCUGCCUGCAUGAUGGACCUCAGGAGGUACCCACUGGACGAGCAGAACUGCACACUGGAGAUUGAAAGCUAUGGAUACACCACAGACGACAUCGAGUUUUACUGGAGGGGAGGACACAACGCUGUGACCGGAGUGGACCGCAUCGAACUGCCCCAGUUCUCCAUCGUGGACCACAAGCUCAUCGCUAAGAAGGUGGUGUUCUCUACAGGAGCGUACCCACGUCUGUCCCUGAGCUUCAAACUGAAGAGGAACAUCGGCUACUUCAUCCUGCAGACGUACAUGCCCUCCAUCCUGAUCACCAUCCUGUCCUGGGUCUCCUUCUGGAUCAACUACGACGCUUCAGCUGCCAGAGUGGCCUUAGGUAUCACCACUGUGCUGACCAUGACCACCAUCAACACCCAUCUGAGAGAAACACUGCCUAAAAUCCCGUACGUGAAGGCCAUCGACAUGUACCUGAUGGGCUGCUUCGUCUUCGUAUUCCUCGCCCUACUCGAGUACGCCUUCGUCAACUACAUCUUCUUCGGACGCGGGCCGCAGAGACAGAAGAAAGCUGCUGAAAGGUCCUCUCUCGCCAACAACGAGAAGCUGAGGAUGGACCCGAACAAGUGGCUUGUGGGAAAUGUAGUCGGCAGAGAUGACACUCUGUAUGCCAGGAUGAAGCAGAGGGACCUGGAUGGACACGACUCGAUGUGGGAGCCCAUUUUCAUGGACGACGCAGCCAUCGGACUGGAUCAGAAGAACAGGUCCAACGUCUCUUGCUCUCUCACACAGAUGGACCCUCACGAGAACAUCCUGCUGAGCACCCUGGACCUGAAGAACGACAUGGGCAUCUCGGAGCUGGCCCUGGGGCUGAACGACCCGCGGAACACCAUGCUCACGUACGACAGCUCCACCCUGCAGUACCGCAAGGCCGGCCUCGCCCGCCACAACUUCGGCCGAAACGCACUCGAGAGACACAUGACCAAAAAGAGCAGGCUACGGAGACGCGCGUCCCAGCUCAAAAUCACCAUCCCCGACUUGACUGACGUAAACUCUAUUGACAAAUGGUCGCGGAUGAUCUUCCCAACGAUGUUCUCCUUCUUCAACAUUGUUUACUGGCUUUACUACGUCAACUAA